AUGGUCAAUAGACCAGCGAUCGUAGUCACAGAUUUUGAACUCCUCAAAGAAACUGUGAUAAAAGAUGGUGCUUCUUAUACUGGAAGACUGGAGAAUCCUUUUUCACGUGUGGUAAGAGGUGGGGAUUACGGUAUCAUAGAGACAACAGGUGCGUUAUGGCAGCAGCAACGAAGAUUUGUCCUACAUGUGCUGAGGGACUUUGAUGAAAAUAGUCACUCAGAUCACAUCCUUGCCGAAGUGACAGACUUACUCAGAAAAUGUGACAAAUUUGUCGAAAAAAAACUGGAUCUUCGAGAUUAUAUCGACACGGCUGUUGGUUCGGUUAUCAAUAGCCUAUUGUUCGGAUUUCGCUUUGACGAAAGCAACACUGACAUUUUCUUGCACCGUAAAGCUGUAGUCAAACAGAUAAUGGAAUUAUCUGCUAGACCAGCUUUUAUAUUGUGGAUGUUUUACCCAUGGCUAAGUUAUCUUCCAUGGUAUUGGAAAUACGAUCGAGGGACUAAGGAGAAGGAAAAAACCCUAUAUGACCUCUUCGACUCACAAAUUGAGGCCCACAAAGUAAAAAUCAACUUUGACUCAGAGGGAAGCACAGACUAUGUGGAAGCAUUUUUGAAAGAGCAGAAAAAACACGAAGAUGAACCAGAGUCUGGAGGAUUUUCGUAA